AUGACCGCAUCUGCGAGCAAAACGCAUACUGGGUCUAGCAGACGGUACACUGACGUGACUGGUACCUUCGAAGAUGAGCGCGUUCAAUUGUCUCCGUCGGCCGGAGUCGGCGCCCGGUCGGCGUUCAGCAGUGCUAAUGUCCCUUCCGCUAAGCGAAGGCGUGUCGAUGACCCUCCAGCAUACAUCUCGCCCUCAGCAAGAUUUCAGGAGCGUACCCAACCAGUGGCCCUGACCGCGAGCCAGCCAGUGCCCGUGAAUGCACAUUCGUUCCGGCCAACGCGGCCGACGCAGUCGAUCCAGCCAGUACAGCCAACGCAGCCAACGCAGCCAGCACAGCCAGCACAGCCAACCCAGCCGGAUGUUAGCUCUGGCAGACAUGGCGAUGUCUAUACCCCUGCUGAAGAUGCUCUUCUCGUCAAGUUGAAGGAGGUGGAAGGACACCACUGGAAUACCAUCUUCUCACGUUUUCCUAAUCGCACCCCCGGCUCAGUUCAGGUGCGGUACUCUGCGAUUAAGAAGCGGAGAGCCGCCGAGAUUGCGAAACCUUCUUCAGCAAGGUCCAAAUCUACAACACAGCCGCAUGCAGCCACUCCUGUGCUCGAAGAUAGUGAUGGUGUCGGCCGUCAACGCCAACGCAGAAGACGCAACAACGAGGCCUCGGUCCUUUCCGGAUUCAUCUCCUGGGCUGAUUUGAAAAACGGGCGUCUCGCUGAUGUUGAUGAGCCCUCCUCCACAGAACGAAGCUCGCCGGAAAGAGACUACGCGCAAUUCGUUGGGGAAUGUCUACACCCGAAAUCACUCGGCCGCCUCCUACGGCAACGCGAGCUAGGCAACGGUUUGCAGGCCAGAUCCAUACCGAACGAGCUAAAGGAACACGCUCUCAAAACUGUCGGCCCCAGGAAGUACUACAAAGGCACAUCUGGAGAUGUCGUGUGUGUUGCCUGGGCCUCGGACGGCAAUCGAUUCGCUGCCGGUUCGAUCGCACUCACGGAUGAAAGAAGCAUGCAGUACAACCAGUCCUGCAAUCUGCUAGUCGGCGACUGCGAGCGGAGCCUACUACAGGAACUUCCCGACCAUCACAUCCCUCGCCCUAAGCUUGACCCAGGCUCUAGCAAUGUCAAUGCGUUACACUCAAUGCGCGAAACGCAGGACCCUCGGCUUUUCAUGACCAUUGCUAGUGUGCAGUUCUCGCCGGAUGAUCAGACGCUCUACUCAGCUGGCAGCGAUGCUAAGGUCAGAGCGUACUCCGUCGGUCCUGGGCGCGCUUCUCUGCAGUACGAACUUGAGCAUUCCGCUCCCCUUGAUCUCAUCUCUGUCAGCAAUUCGAACGUUCUUGCCACCGCCUGUCACCAAGCGGCCGAUGGCAGUAUCGCUAUAUUCAACGGACCCGAGCGUGUACAAUCGCUCUCCCCUAGCCGGAUGGGGCCUCAGACCGAUACUGCUAUCUAUCCGUCGGCAUUGCGGUGGGGAACAGCUGCCCACCACAGCCAUUACCUUCUUGCGGGCUUCUCUAUCGACAGCUUAGACGCGGAGCGCACUGAUGCGGGCGAAAUCCUGCUGUGGGAUGCCCGCGCCGAAGAUCGUCUCAAAGUCAGCGGCGACACUCGCAAUGUUUUUGACAUAGCGUGGAACCCGAACCCCAGCCCUGCAUCGUCAGUCUUCGCUGUCGCUAGCACACGUGGCAGCGAAAAGGUCAGUCGAGGCACGCGAAGCGUUGUAUGCUGCUACACGGGCCAGGGUAAUAGCGCUGCCAAAGGCAUUGCAUAUGAAUGUCCAGCUUCCGACAUCAAUGAUGUGAUUUACUGUCAACACGACCAGAACCUGAUCGCAGCCGGCGCAACGGACGGCAAGGUAUACGUUUGGGACCAGCGCUUUGCUAGACGAGAUUGUAAGCCGCUUCAUAUACUGGAGCACGGCGCUACACUGAAUGUCCUCGAUCACGACCGUGAGCGGGAGUUGGCUGAUACUGGUGUGCGCUUCAUCUCGUGGGGAGCUACGGGCUCUCGUCUAUACACUGGCUCCUCCGAUGGCGUCGUCAAAGUCUGGAAUCCCUACAGAUCUACCGACGGGGCCCACAUCAAGGAUGUGGCCACCUUCACUUCCGCAGUCAUGUCAGGUGCAUUCAGCCCGGACUAUCGCGAUCUCCUCAUCGGAGAAGACCAAGGCCGCAUCAAUUGGUUAAGCGUUGGCUACGAUGACAGGCCAGUCCGGUCUAUGCCACGAUUUGAACUGGAGUCAGCGCCGUCACCGGUGGUCCUCAACGAGCGGGAUCCCCCUUUUGUGGCCGCUCGUGAAUUACUACACUCCUCACAGAUCGCGCUGAAGCCUAUGGGAGAUUUGCCUAAACGCCAGGCCGUUCAAGGACCUCGAUACCAAGGCCCGUUCCUCGCGGCAUCCGCCUCCGAACUUCAGGAGGCGCAACAGCAGUACUAUGAUGCUUUGUACCGCCAACAAGAAGCUCACUCCACCGCCUCGAUGAUUGAACCCAACCCUAACGACAACGACGACAACGAUGAUAAUGAGCAACGAGUCCAGCAAGCCAAAAAACACUUCCAGGAAGCCGAAGCCAAACUCAGCCUGGUGUGGGGAGGCAUCGACGACGCAGCCACCCUACUCCCCCAAGCAGAAGCAAACCAACUCGCCCUUCAGUGCCGAGCCCGCAAUUGCCUCACGUUCGACGCCGCCGACGAAUCCUGCAAACUCGACUGCAACUACCUCCCCGCAAGCAUAGACGUAGUCCCCGACUCCCAGCGCUCCGAAUCGCGCAUCCCCGCCGCCCUGCGAGCCAUUGCACCGCCCCUACCUGACGAAACGACCGACUUGCCGCACGAAGACCUCGUCGAAGCAGGCUACACGCACAAAUGCAUGUCAUAUUCGCGCUCUGUGAGCGAUGCACUCGGAGGAAGCAUGGGUUGA